AGUGUACAACUGUCUCCCUCACUGGCAGACUCAGGAUGAAUCAUGAUUCAUGACAUGGAUCAGGCACAGCAGCAGAGCACUCACUGACUGGUGAGUCGUGACUGCUCCCUCCCCCCUCCCACUGGGUGUCACCUGGUAUAGCCUCUGGCCAAUCACAACUAAAGACAGCAGAACACACUGACUGAAGGACACAGGACACAGAGUUUCCUCCCUCUGUCUGAGAGAAGCUGCUGCUGCUGCUGUCUCGACUCAUGAAACAGUGAGUGACUCGAAUCAUUCAUACUUCCUUAUGAUUCCAGUCACUGUGUUGAGACAGAGAGUCAGUAGCCAUCUCUAGCUAACAGUCCAGACGUUUUACACAAGAGGAAUAGGAGACAAAUUUACAAGAGCGGUAUAAGCUGCAAAAUAUUACAAGCCAGAUGGUUUGGCGUACAUGUGAAGCUUGGGCAUUGGCAGACUCUUCGGAUGUUAAGAGGCUCUUCACCAAACAUCUAGCACAUACCAACUUGACAGUAGAUCGACAUCAUAGGGAAAAGACAUGACAGAAUAUGUCUUGGCUCAAGACUGGUCACCCAGCUUGGAUAUGUGUAAAUCGGUUGAGACACAAAGCAGUUCAAGGGAAGGACUACAAGACGGAAACUCUAUAGAGACUCUAGAAAAAUGACUUGCAGAACCUGCUAAGAGGUCCCUGUAAAUGUAAAACAGAACAACACAAGUUGACUGCAAAUGCAGAUCACCAUACUAUUGGCAUCAAGUAGAAUACAAUGGAUAGAUCAUCGGAACAAGAAGAGGACCGAAAAGAGUGGACUGUCCUCAAUGCGUCCCUGACCACACUGCUGAGGCAGGAGGACCAGGGCUCCACGGCGAUGUUGGUGGCCCACCCGACCCAACACGGACCAAGGAGUCUAACUUGUGAGUCGGAUGGCUCGCAGUGAAACCCCGUCAAAAUGACGUCCACUUUUUGACCUGACUUCCAGGAUCUUUAGUUUCUUCUAUGGAGUAGAAGACACUGGGUCUUCACUAGGACACCUGGAGCACUUUGGCGCUAUUUGCAGUUUUACUGUACCAGCUGUGUACUUACAUGUGCAUGGCUUAAUAUUUGAGACAAGUGUAUGCUACUGGUAGGAUUAACCAGGAAGAUUUUGGUGUCGGCGAUAUUGUUAGUUGCGGUGAAUGUGAGAGACGGUACAGCCAAUUGUCAAAAUCAUGCUCUGUCCCAUGCUCAGUCUACCCCAUCUGGCACCCCUGUCUGUUUGCCCCUCACCUUUAGAAUGUAAGCUCUCAUGAGCAGGGCCCUAUUCCCUCAUGUGCUUAUCCUUUUCUUACUCUAAUAAUCCUCAACUGCUCAACUCCUGCAGUUUUUAGCCACCUUGAUAGUUAUCUCUGUGUCAUCUGCCGAUAUAGCUAUGUUUAUUUACACUGUACUUGUCCUAUCUGUCUUCAACUGUAAGUCACUGAUUUCCAGUUUUGAGUAUGUGCAUAUGUACUCUGUCAUUGGGUGCUGUGGAACCCUUGUGGCACCAUAUAAAUAAAGGAGAAUAGGGGUAAAUAGGUUUUUAAACACACUAAAUGAUCAGAGGAUCUAAAAUAGAAAAGCCAAUGGCAAGGUAAAACAAACCCUAAAAUGUAUUAAAUACAUAAACAGCAAAAGAGUGAAGGAGUAUAGGCACUUUAAAAGACAAGUUGGGCAUCCUAAUCAAAGACAGGAAUGACAUAGCAGAAAAAUAAAACCGAUCGGCAGCUUAAAGAUAAACUGAUAGUAUUUUAUCUGGAAGCUGUGCUCAUUUCAUGCAGACUGACAGUCUGCUACCACUUUGGGCAGAAAAUUGGCUCCUGAAAUGAAGGCAUGCUGCCACCUUUUUGGGGGAGCUAUGAAGCCAGGAUUUGUUGGAUCUGUGGAGGCUGGCUUGCACAAGUCCAUGGGUUAUGCAGCCAGCCAAUGGUGAUGCUGGUGAUCUGAUGCUGUGUCAUAGGAUGCAGCAUGGAUUACUAGAGUAAGCAGGAGGCAGCGCCAUAUUGGUGCUAUUGCAAGCAGCAGCGACGGCAACUCCAUUCUUAUCUGAAUCGGGCCCUCUGUUUCCUUCUCACUCCAGGUGAACUCCAAGUUUUGACCUCUCAUUAUUAGAGUGGCUCAGAACAGUUAUUUCAGCAUGCUAUGUAUACUUAUAUCCUUGGAUUUUGUACAGGACAUGGAAAAAACAAUGGAUUACUUUAAGAAACUUAAAGAAAUGGGACAGGCACACCAGACAGUGGCUAAUUAUAAGUCUCAACAAGUUUUAUAUGGCAGAGCAGCACCGAGACAAGUGGCAAAACCAGAUGUCAUGAAUUGCGUCCACACAUGGAAUAAAGUAAAGACCAAGAGAGCUGUCCAGAAAGGUGGAGUUAUUUGACUGCCAUGGAGAAUAUAAGUGCCAAAAAGGCAUAAAGCCAAUUCUGAUAAGUCCCAGUAGGAUGCCUUUGAUUUAGUCUUUCAAAAGAUCAACUACCUCUUCCAUUGAACCAUCCGUAAAAAAGAUGUCUCAUAGGAGAUAAUUUUGAAUAAGUAAGACUCAAGUCUCCCCUUCAUCCCCAGCACUCUGUAUCCUGUGUCAUCCUCUUUACUAGUUUCUACUUUAGGAAUUUAUCCUUUUAAUAUUUAAUUAAGAAUUGUGACUGAAAAGAUUUUUUUUUUCCUUUCAGUUAUGUCUAUUUCCAGAAAAUUGGGCCCAUGUUCUUCCCAAACAAUGCACAGGACAGUAUAUAGUUAAUUUCAACAGGUGAAAUGUUUCCAAUGACUUGGCAAGAUUCCACCAAAGGUGGGUGAAGAGGACUUGUAUGUAACAGAACUACAGUAUAUUGAUUGAAUUUCAUAAAUGGGAGUGAGUUUAUCAUCUGGGAUAAGCAACUUAUUGUAUUCAUACUAGUUAGCAUUUCCCAUAUUUCAAUAUUUUCUAAAUUAAAUCUGACACCUGUGACAAGCCAGAAAAUGUUCUGUCAUGGAAACCUGUGUCAUCUUGGUAAACAGCUGAUGAUGAGGAUAUUUGCAAGGUAUGUGGGAAGCAAAGAAACCAACAUGGAAAGGUUUUAAAUUAUUCAAUCUGGUGACUGAAUCCUGUAUGGUAAACAACCAUUGCAUCUGAGGAACAAGCUCAGCAAUUGUCAAGGUAAAUACUAUAUAUUAGGUGGAAAUGCACUAGAAAUUUAAUACAGGUUGAGUAUCCCAUAUCCAAAUAUUCCGAAAUACGGAAUAUUCCGAAAUACGGACUUUUUUGAAUGAGCGUGAGAUAGUGAAACCUUUGUUUUCUGAUGGCUCAAUGUACACAAACUUUGUUUAAUACACAAAGGUAUUAAUAAUAUUGUAUUAAAUGACCUUCAGGCUGUGUAUAUAAGGUGUAUAUGAAACAUAAAUGAAUUGUGUGAAUAUACACACACUUUGUUUAAUGCACAAAGUUAUAAAAAAUAUUGGCUAAAAUGACCUCAGGCUGUCUGUAUAAGGUGUAUAUGUAACAUAAAUGCAUUAUGUGCUUAGAUUUAGGUCUCAUCACCAUGAUAUCUCAUUAUGGUAUCUAAUUAUUCCAAAAUACGGAAAAAUCCGAUAUCCAAAAUACCUCCGGUCCCAAGCAUUUUGGAUAAGGGAUACUCAACCUGUAUAAUUAAAUAGAAUAAUACAAUCCAUAUUCCCUCCCACAUGUACACGCACACACUCAUGUUAGGGUUUUUUUUUUUGGUGGGGGGGGGAAACCAAAUAACCUACCAGUAUAUUCUUGGUUUGUGGGAGGAAUCCGGAGUACCCGGAGGAAAACCAUGCAAGUACAGGGAGAAUAUACAAACUCCACACAAGCCCAUGUUGGGAAUGGAAGUUAUCAUUGGUAACAAAUUCUACAUUAUACAUCAAAAUAGACCAAUUCACUUUAUGAAUUUAUUUUUUCACACCUGUAGAGUAUUGUCUGUGUUUUGUACUGUGUUUUAUAGUCGUGCUCUUCAAUUUUCUUCAGGUGUUUUUUGUUUUUUAAAUUCUACAGGAAGUUUCCAGGCAAGGGCUCCAGAGAAGGCAAGUUGACCAAUGACUGGAUAUGGACAAGGAUAUCCUGAGAGAAACAUAUCAGCCAAUGCCUGCUCUAUCUCAGCUGCUGACUGCAUUUGCUAUUUGCUGGAGUAUAUCCCAUCCAGUUAUUUCACCAUAAGGAAUAUGGCCCAUAAUGAUUUCAGAACAUCCAAGUUGUGGACAACAGACCCAAAUGGAAGCUAUCAUUGGAAAUUUCCAGGCGAGGGAUCCAGAGAAGGCAAGUUGUCGACACCCAAACAAUCAUUGGUCAAGGAUAUCCUGAGAAUGAGGAACAUAUCAGCCAAAUGAAAACCACAGCAACUAAUAUAAAACAUGACAAAAGAGGCAUUUUCUUUAAAUUAUUAAUUUUCUUCUAACAUUAAGCACUUGUGUUUUCUACUUUCUGAUAGGGCAACUUCUGUUAUUACUGGUGGCCACAGAAGACCUGAUCUGAGGAAGAACUUCUAUUUAAUUAUGAUAUUAAGUUAUCUUUUGGAGGGAUAUGAGCAGACUUGGCAUGGCUGAAUGCUUUGGGGGGAUGGGUGCAUUCUUUCAAGCACCUUAUAGCUCUCUGAAAACAUGUACAAGUUUCAUUUUCAUCAUGGGGAACAAGAAAAGAAAACCCAAAUGGACUGUGACAGUGCGGAAGAAUAUGCACACAGCUGGAAUGUAUUCCAAGCAUUCUAUGCGUACACCAUUAAUAAAGGGUUUCAGGAAUUAUUUGGUGAAGACAUUGGAAGUGUGCAACAGCAAACAAGAGGUGGAAAAUGUUGCACGGUAUUUGUAUUUCAUGGACCCACAAAAAGCUUCCAUGGAGUUUGUGGAGAACAUAGAAAAAACUAAUCUCUACUUCACAAAGCUUGGAGAAACAGGUCUCUGUAGCCAAACACAAUUUAAUUAUUUAAAAAGUAUACGGAGAUUUAUACAAUAUCAGACAACAGCCACCAAUCUUGGAGCAACUGAUCCACAGCUAUUUCAAGCCUGCAGACAUUUUCUUAAAGUAAUCAAUGCAAUUCAGAAAAAACUGUGUAAAGGUGUAUCGAGGGAAAAGGUCAUCAAAAAGUACAAAAGAUUGACAAAAGAUCCAUUGCAGCCACUGGAUUGUAAUCAGCUACUAGAUGUUGCAAAACCAGAUUUCCUGAAUUGCAUCUACAGGGCUGAUAUCGGUGAUAAACUGUUGGUCAAAGAUAAGAUCUGUAUUCUGUACUAUCUAGAGGCAUUACUUAUCUUGAAACACCUCCAAAGACCUGGAGUGGUUGCUAAUAUGACUGUUGAGGAAUGGCAUGAAAGGGUUCGUCACACCUUCACAUCAGAAUGUAUUUCCGAAAUCCUUGUUAUCAUAGGAGUUAAAAACCAUAAAACUGCUGCAAAUCAAGUGGAGACGUUUGCGCUCACAGAAGAAGAAGAAAUGUGGUUCAAAACUUAUUUUGAUGUGGUACGGCCUUCAUUAGUAAAAGAAGAUAAUCCCCAAGAAGCAUUUUUUAUAUCAACAUCGGGAAAUAAAAUAUAUAAAGUUUCUAACGACCUUCGUCACUUUCAUGUAAAGCAUAGACUGCAAAAUAUUACAAGCCAGAUGGUACGGAGGGCAUGUGAAACUUGGAUUUUAUCUCAGUACUCUGAUGUUCAGAAGAGUCUCUUUGCCAAAUAUCUGGGACAUACCAACUUGACAGCAGAUCGACAUUAUAGGGAAAAGACAUUACAUAACAUAUGUCUUGGCUCAAGACUGGUCACCCAGCUUGGAUAUAAGAGUGAAGGAGUGGACACACAAAAAAGUUCAGGGGAAGAACUUCAAGACCAAUCAUUGUCACAUUGGCAUCACUGUAAAAAAGAAAGGAAAGAUCGACACUAUAAGAAGAGAGUAAAGAAUAUAAUCAGGGCAUUCCCAGCACAGCGCCCAUCAAUUGUCAAGUUAACAAAGUACAUAAAAAAAAAAAAAUGGAAAUUUAGUGUAAAUGAGGUAAAACUUCUUGUGGAAACAUGGAAGCCCAGGCCAUUUCAGUGUUGGAAACACUGCAAGGAUUUGAAAAAACAUAUCCGCUUGCAGAAUUGGAAAGGGCUGAAAACUACCACAGAUAAAGAAAGUGGAAGAAAGAAAGUGAAGUCUAAGAGGGCUUUCCUUAAAGGGGAAGCAAUAUGUGACUUCCAUGGAGAACAGAUAGGUGCCAAAAAAGGCAGAAAAAUGCAAAAAAAUAAAAAGAACUGUCAUGACCUCUAUUUUUAUAAGGAUACAGAAGGCAAGUCAUGGUGUAUCAAUCCAUCCUGUACAUGCCACACUCGGACAUAUUCCAAAUUAAUGUGGAAAUCCAGUACAGAAUUUAAUGUGAUCCCAACAUACACAACCAAAUUUGGUAUUCUCCUCCUAGCUGCAGAAAACAUUCCAGCCAAUCAGAAUUUAAAAUAUUAUGUUGAAAAAUAGGUUGGCAAUAAUCAAUGUUAUCUUUUUAUUAUGAUUCUUUUUACUAUUGUUUGUCCUCAAACACUGGACUAAUGACAGGUCAGUUCUGCUGUGUAGCUUGAAUACAUAGAAAGCUUCGAAUAGUUCAGAACAAAUAACCACUCAAUUGUUUGCAAAGUGUAUGUCUUUAUGUAUGUAAAUAAAAUUAUAUAUUCCUUA